UUUAAUUGCCGUGAAAAAUUAGGACACUAUUGGCAAACGCAGGAACUAUUAAUGAAGGACGCGAAGUCCAGUCAUUAUAUAAGCACAUGAAAGGAUAUUUUGACAUAAAUUGUUACUUAUUAAACAAAACUGAAAUAAAAAGUAAUGGGUUCAUCUUACUAGGCUCUAUACAUUGUAAAAUGUUCGCCUUACUCGCUCAAUCAGUAAUGGAUACCAUGAAUAUUAAUAAUGCAUCUAAACCGGCUCAGGGGGAAUAAAUAUCAUAAGUCGAUACAUUACCAAAGAGGGCGAUUGUUCGAUUGACAAAAACGUAUAGCAACUUAUCUAGAAAUUCAUAAAUGAACUUUAAGAAAGCUACAGUUUAAAUUAACCGAUCGUCGUUAUUUUGAUUUCGUUAUUGUUCACUGAGCAUUACCGAACUUAGCAAGAAACUUCAGUUUAUUGUUAGCCUGAAGUCCAACGGAAGCUUUUCUUUAAUCUUUCACUCCCACACAACUCCCCCCCCCAAGAUUAAACAAUUCUCCUAUCUGCUACUUAUUUUAACAAGAUUUCAGCUCUGAAAAUUUGUUGUUAAAUCAAACAAGUUCCUUCAUUAACAUUCUUCAAAGUAUUGACCGAGAGCUUAUUUUCGGUAUUUGCGCCAAGGGGUUUUUUUCAACCCACGCAAAGGAAUUAAUUAAGUGCUCAUAUACUAAUUUGCUAGAAUUAAGUGCUAAAUCAUUUACAGAAAGUUUAUUUCCGAUUCGGUAUUAGCAACAAGGGUUUUUUUGUCAACCCUCCGGAAAUAAUUAAGUGCUCAUUUGACAAUCUACUGUCAAGCCGUUUCAGUUCUUAUGAACAAAUGGAAAAUAAUUUGCAUACGUUAGUUCCUUGGCGUCGAAGUUACUCGAUACUUCAUUUGUAUUUACUUUCAGAGCAACUUUCAGUGAUCGAUAUUGAAGAACAAUGCGCUUAAUCAUCAGAGUGAACAAAAGAAUAAAUACGUUCCAUCGAUACAAUACCGAGUUCAGAGACCAUUGCUGAAAUUACAUCUGAAAAAACUUUAUGAAAAUAUCAGUGUAGUAACUGAGUAAUCGACGUAAUCUUGUCUCUUGAAUAUUCACACAGCGCAGUAGGGGAGUUAAUUCUCAGCAACUUGGCUUGCUUCUAUGAAAUACAAAUGAGGCAUUUCAUACCAGAGCCCUUGACAGGUCUGGACGUAUCAAGAAGGUUUGAGUGUGGUUUCCACUUUGUAAGCACUUUCACUUUCAAAACAUCAUACUUGGAAACUGGAGCUUAUUCAAAACACGUUCAUUCGAUGAACGUUGAUUCGACGAGCGUUCGUUCGAUGCUUUUCGAAGUAUUCCCACGACCACUAUCGAAAGCGACAAUGAAUGGAAGUUUGCUGUUUGAAGUUUUUGGUCGUAUUGCAUUCAGCAUCACUCGCGGCGUGACAGAGCAUUACAACCCCGAUGAGCCUGAAGUGGAGAUCUUUGGAUAUGACGAUACCUUAAGCAGAGACGGUCGAGAGUGGAAUUGUCAGCCCGUUGAUAAACCCAUAUAUCAGGAAUAUUCACCGCCAUUGUACAACGAGUAUGAUCUCUUGUCCGUAAUACAGCUUGUUAGUGCCGUUGUAUUUUGGAUCAGCGAUCAUGUUUCGAGUGUUACAAGCAGACCUUGAAAACCUUCGAUUCAUCGCUCUUCUUGGAGCAGUCCAUGGAGCGGCAGAAGUUUUAGAACGAAGCACCAUGGUCUUCAUUGAUCAUAUUUGUCAUGUGAUCUGGAAAAGACACUCAGCUCCUUGGGGAAGUUUUCGCACUCCUCGCUGUGAGAGACUAAUGGCUGACAUCAUUAUCAUGAGCAUGUUGUAUGAGUCAACUGCUAUUGUGUCUGUUAACGGAUUGUUGUACUUAUAUCAGUUAGUUUACUUACAAAACGUUCCACUUUCAAACCUUAGGCAGAAGGUUGCAAUCCAUACCUUGGUUGCGCUGGCUAUUGAAUGGUUUUUUACCAGCGUAUCCUUGGCCAUCGAGACUCGUUUUCAGAAUAUAGCAGUUAUGGCUGUUUGGCGAAAAAGAUGGAAAAGACACAUUUUGGUUGCGAUGGCUAAUGUGAUUCCAUUGGCUAUCUGGACGUCAACAAAUCUCUUGGUAGUAGUGCAUGGGCGGUUUCCUGAGUCCAAAGUUCAAUCUUGCAAAAUGCCCUUCGCAUAGGGAACUUUUCGUGAACCAAAUACCGCAGUCUUCCAGCUUUCCUUAUGUUAAUCGGACUUUGGUGCUCGUGAUUGUUGAUAUGUUACACUUACCAGUUUGAAAGGGAAACGUGGUACUCAGGAAAAUGAAAUCGUUCCGCUCCACCUUUUCGGGAAAAGAAAUCUCUCUUGACAAGCGACGACAGAGAGCUUUAAGACAGCGAGCAAAAUCUCAUUGGGGAACCGACGAAGGGAUUUCCCUUAAAAACAAGAGGACUCUAUUCUUUUCCACAAUACUGCAUUCGUCCAUCUAGAGACCGUUCUUGUUGAAAGAAAAAAUGACAAUCCCUGAUACUAUAUAUCGAAAGAAGAGUACAUUCUUAAUUUUAAACUUUUUAAGAGCAUGCACGGACGCCAUUGCUUUAUAAUUACUCUUCCGCGUUGUUCCCCGCACGCGGCGUUUUUAUCUGUCCCGUAUAUGGAAUUUUUACUUAUAUCAUUGAUAAGUCUAUUUAGAGUAUUUAUAGUGCACCUAUUUUUAAAACAAAAUAAUUUUCAAAGGAUCUGAGACACCAGUGAUACCUCAAUAAUUAAAAGUAAGACCUUCGGUAACGAGCUUCAGCUCUAGGUACCGGCAUAGUCCCACAUUUCGUGGCUAUUCUGAUAAUAUAAUAAUACGCAUAGAUAUAUAUUGGUUUUGCUCCAUCUGCAUUCUUUCUUUGUUACUCAGAUCUCUAGGUAUACUCAUUGUAAAUUAUACAUCCUUCUGAAGGUUACUGUAAAAAUAAACAGUUUGAAAAUUGUUGUCA